AUGUUUCUGGCAAUUCUGCUAUUUCUAGCCUUGCUCGAUAGUUUUUGGACAAGCGAGGAAUUGCCGCCGGCCUCUUCGAUCAUUGGCGGCGACAAGCCAAUCGUCUCCAAGUAUCCAUACUCAGUGGCGAUUCGCGUAAAUAAAACCGUGGGCCUGGGGUAUGAAAUCUUGUGCACCGGCUCCAUCAUCCAUCCGAAGUGGAUUCUCACCGCGGCCCAUUGCUGGUAUAUGCCGCCGAAGUUCAAGUAUCGCUAUCCACCACGCAUGAUCCAAAUCGUCGUCGGCGCGACCAGCCUUGACAAGUUUGGGCCAAAGGAUAGAGGGGCGCAAGUCAUGGUAAUGGACACGAUCUUCAUCAGCGGCGAAUUUCAAACAGAUCCGGUCAUGACCGGCGAUAUCGCGAUCGUCAGGCUUGCAACCGAGAUUAAAUUUGGGGAAGCUGGCGUGGCUCCUCAGAAAAUCGUCAUCCCGAAACCGGCCUCUUGGCUCAAGAGCUUCGAGCUGCCGCAUCACGUCGCCGGAUGGGGAAGCUACGACCCUGGAGAGAAGUCUGGCGGCUCCCCGGACCUUCGCCACUUCCAAGCCUACAGGCUUCCCACGGCCGGCUGCAACGCGAGCUUCAUGUACGAGAUGAACAACAAAAUGUUUUGCAUCAAAGCUCGGCAGGGUACUGGUACCUGCGGGGGGGACUCCGGUGCUGCCGCAGCUACCUUCGUCACCCGCCAGGGAAAAGGAUUUUGGGUUCAGCUCGGCGUAAUGAGCCAAACCCUAGACCUGAACUGCACCUACGACGUGGCUGCAAAAAUGCUGGCCCACGAUCCGUCGCAGCACUGCAACUUCUUCAAAUAUAACAGCGGACUUGACAUUUGUGUCGAUGUGCCCCCGAAG